CCCUAGAAUGCGCAUCGCCUCUCUGACCUGAAUGUGCAACCUAAGUCGUCUAAGAUCUAUGGCUCUCGAUUCUUCCGGCAAACAAUCCGAGCAGCAGCAGCCGCAGCAACAACCGCGAGUCGCCCCCGGAAUCGGCGAGGCGGGAUUGAAGCUCCGGAGAAUCCCUAACGAAGAGCAUGAGCCGGAAAGCUAUGAGGAUCUAGAGUUGGAUUUUGACCCGGCUCUGUACAGCUCGCUUGAGCGCCACCUUCCCGAGCAGCUCCUCAAUUCCUCCCGCCUCGACAAGGCUCGUUACAUGAGGGACAUUCUUCACCGAUACUGCCCUGUCACUGAGCGAGUCCGGAUUCAGAGGCAUAGAGAAUACAGGCAGAAAAUCGUGUCUUCUUACCAGCGUCUGCAUGAAGAGAUAUAUUCUCUUGACGCUUCUAGUUUCUUCGCGCCUUCGUUUCUUGAAGCUGUUAGUGGGAAGUCAGAGGAGAGUUUUAAAAACACAUUUGUUCAAUCCAAAUCGGGGAUCUUCACUUUUGAAAUGCUUAAGCCACGGUUUUGUGAAAUGUUACUAGCAGAGGUUGAACAUAUGGAGAGAUGGGUCUAUGAUUCAAGAUCCACGAUAAUGAGACCCAACACGCUGAACAAAUUUGGUGUUGUCCUUGAUGAUUUUGGCUUUGAAAGCAUGCUCCAGAAGCUGGUUGAUGACUUCAUUAGUCCUAUAGCUAAAGUUUUGUUCCCGGAAGUCUGUGGAACCUCUCUAGAUUCUCACCAUGGCUUUAUUGUUGAAUAUGGAAAAGAUAGGGAUGUUGAUCUUGGGUUUCACGUGGAUGACGCAGAGGUUACUUUGAAUGUCUGCUUGGGUAAACAAUUUUCUGGUGGGGAGCUGUAUUUCCGAGGUGUGAGAUGCGACAACCAUGUGAAUUCCGAAAGCAUUGAAGAGGAAGUUUAUGAUUACUCUCAUGUACCUGGUCAUGCUGUUCUUCAUCGUGGGCGUCACCGCCAUGGUGCUAGAGCUACAACUGCUGGACACCGAGUCAACUUGAUUCUGUGGUGUAGAAGCUCAACUUUUCGAGAUAUGAAGAAUUUUCAAACAGAGUUCUCAGGGUGGUGCCCAGGAUGCAAACGUGAUAGACAGAAUAGGCAGCAAGCGUCAAUCAAAGCAACUACAGAGGUGCUGAAGAGGAGAGCAGCAGAGAAGGUGCUUGCUGAGCUCGCUUCAAGAUCAUCUGCCAACUAAAUUAAACUGGGAUAUGCCAAAAAAUCCUGUCGUCUUUGUAUCAUUUCAGUGACUAUGUAUAUAGAGGCAAGGGAAAUGGUUUGUUUGUACUCAUUGAAAUAUCUUUGUCAAGGGUAAAUUUUGUUCCAUUUUACAGGAUUG